AUGUGGAUUCGCGAAGGCGAAGACUGGCUUGACUACAAGAAGAGAACGGAUGAUGUCCGCAAGCUUCUCUCGGCUCUAGAGGACUACCAAAACAAAACCCGGGGUCCGCUCGGUUCAGCAAUUACAGACCCAACAUGGGGUUUUUACAUAUUCGUCACAUCCUAUACAGAUAAGGCAAGCCAAAAGCUAGAGGAUGCCGUUGAGGUGUUGGUACAGCUUGUGCUCAGAAGUUUGAGGCGCAUGUCACCUUCUCUUUACUCUGAAGAAGCAACCAAGAGAUUCAAAUUGGACAUUGUACAAAACAAAGAGGCUCUAGAGAGUGCUUCAGAAGACAGAGUGAGAGAGGAAUUUCGUGCGCAGUUGAGAGGCACAGGCAUGCUUGAAGAUGAUCUCAUGUUCAGAGGUAUCGGCUCAAGCCGCUUUUCGGCAUGUAUCCUCUUUGACCAAAAGAUAAUCGGGGACUUAUCGAACAUUUCGUUUGGCCUCGACAUCGAGGAAGAUGAACUUUGCUUGGAAGAUAUCUGUGUAAGGAUGAUAGACCCCAAGUGGGAUUAUCCAGCACAACCAUACCCAAACACGAUUGAAGACGACGUACCGUAUCGAGGGGCAGAUAAUUGUCCAAUUACUGGUAUUGCAGAGUUGUAUCGCAGGAUGGAGGGAGAUCUGAUGAAGGAAUAUCCCAUUGCAGAUUCCAUGGUCUAA